GCUGGCGCCAUGGGAGAGCGCGAGCUGGGGCUGGGCGGGGCGGAGGACGACUUCCACGACCGGUUCGCGGCCGAGCUGGAGGUGCUGGCCGAGCUGGAAGGGUUGGCGGCCGGGUCACCCCGCAGGGAGCGCUGGGCCGCGGCGGGCCGGGCCGGGCUGACGCCCGAGGACGCCGAGGCCGGAGGGGCCGCCGCCCGCCCCCCCGCAGGUGGACGCCCGGGGAGCCGCGGCGGCGCGGGGGUGAGGCGGCUGGCGGCGCCCUCGCCGGGGGACGCGGCUCUGCCCCCCACCCCCAGGGUCAAGCGGCCACGGCUGCAGGUCGUCAGGGAGCUGAACUUCAGGCCGGAGGAGCCGGAGGAGCCGCCGGGUCCUGACUCCCCCGCUGGGGACAUCACCCCCCCGCCGAGCCCCGAGGUCCCCCCUGAGCUGUGGCCCGAGGGGCCCUCGGAUGCUGCUGCUGACGGCGGCCUCCUGUGGGCCCCCGGGGCGGCCCGAAAUCCGGUCCUGAGGCGGCCCCCUGUCCUGGAGGACUACGUCAGCGUGACCUCCACGGCGGGCUCCCGGGCCUUUCUGGUCCUGCGCGCGGACCCCGUGGGCACAGGGGUGCAGAUGCUCCCACCCAGAAGGCUUUUCUUCUUGGAAUGCUUGCUUAGGGACAGGCCCGUCUUGCGGCUGACACCUUUCCGUGACACCUGGUGGCGAGGCCAGGGCCGGCUGGAUCUGUUGGGUGUGUCCUUUGCCUCCCUGAAGGAGCAGGUCGACAGCGAGCGGAGGCAGCAGCUGCUGCAGGAGGCCCAUCAGCUCUCGGAUACACUUCGCAGCCUCAGGUCGGAGGAGGUGGAGGAAGAGGUCCAGCCCCUGGGGGCCCCUGAGGAAGAGCUGGCCAACAGCCCGGAUGGCUCCCAGCACUGCCUCUGGGUGGACGAGUUCGCACCCCAGUACUACACGGAGCUGCUCAGUGACGACUUCACUAACCGCUGCCUCCUCAAGUGGCUAAAACUGUGGGACCCAGUGGUGUUCGGCCGAGAGAGGCCUGCUAGGAAGCCAAGGCCCAGCAUGGACCUGGCCCGAGGUGGCAAGGAGGCCACAACCUCCAGCAAAUGGAAGAGCCACGAGCAGGUGCUGGAGGACAUGCUAGAGGCUGACCUGGACCCGAGCCGGCGGCCCCGACAGAAGGUGGCGCUGCUGUGUGGGCCCCCGGGGCUUGGCAAGACCACCCUGGCUCACGUGAUUGCACGGCACGCUGGGUACAGCGUGGUGGAGAUGAACGCAAGUGAUGACCGCAGCCCUGAGGCUUUCCGCACGUGCAUCGAGGCGGCCACGCAGAUGGAGUCGGUGCUGGGUGCUGGCGGGAAGCCCAACUGUCUGGUCAUCGAUGAGAUCGACGGAGCGCCCGUGGCUGCCAUCAACGUUCUUCUGAACGUCCUGGACCGCAAGGGCCCACAGGAUGCAGAGUCAGGGGGUCCGGGCGUUCCCACUAGUGGGGGACGGCGACACCGGGCCGACGGGGGGCUCCUGAUGAGGCCCAUCAUCUGCAUCUGCAAUGACCAGUUUGUGCCGUCCCUGAGACAGCUGAGACAGCAGGCCUUCCUGCUCCACUUCCCACCCAUACUGUCCUCGAGACUCACGCAACGGCUGCAGGAGAUCUCCCUACGGCAGGGCAUGCAGGCUGACCCAGGUGCGCUGGCAGCUCUGUGUGAGAAGACCGACAACGAUAUCCGUGCCUGCAUCAACACGCUGCAGUUCCUUCACGGGCGGGGCCGGCGGGAGCUGAGUGUGCGGGCCGUGCAGACUACGCGGGUCGGGCUCAAGGACCAGCGCAAGGGGCUUUUCUCCGUGUGGCAGGAGAUUUUCCAGCUGCCCCGGGCCCAGAGGCAGCGCUGGGCCCAAGACCCCUCCUCUGCCCCACACAUGCUCCUGCUCGGCGAUGCGCACUUGGGCCCAGGGCCCCGUGCUGCCGAGGCGCCUCUGACCACGGCUGCGCAGCGCCUCCACCGCAUCCUGCACGUGGCUGCGUCCGCAGGCGAGCACGAGAAGGUGGUGCAGGGCCUUUUUGACAACUUCCUGCGCCUGCGGCUGCGGGAUUCCAGCCUGGGGACCGUGUGCACGGCCCUCGACUGGCUGGCCUUUGAUGACCUGCUGACCUGCACCGCCCACCACGGCCAGAGCUUCCAGCUGCUGCGCUACCUGCCCUUCCUGCCGGCAGCCUUCCACCUGCUCUUUGCCUCUAGCCACGUGCCGAGGAUUGCAUUCCCCAGCAGCCAGCAGGAGGCCCAGAGCCGGACGAGCCGGACACAGAACCUCAUCCACACACUUGUGGCAGGCAUUGCACCUGCCACCCGCAGCCGGGCCACGCCUCAGGCUCUCAUCCUGGAUGCCCUCUGCCUGAUUCUGGACAUCCUUGCACCCAAGCUGCGCCCUGUGAGCACGCAGCUGUACAGCACUCGUGAGAAGCAGCAGCUGGCCAGCCUCGUGGGCACCAUGCUUGCCUACAGCCUAACCUACCGCCAGGAGCGCCGGCCCGAUGGGCAGUACAUCUACAGGCUCGAGCCGAACGUGGAGGAGGUCUGUCGCUUUCCUGAGCUGCCCGCCCGCAAACCCCUCACCUACCAGGCUAAGCAGCUCAUUGCCCACGAGAUUGAAAUGGAGAAAAUGCGGCGGGCAGAGGCCUUGGCCCGGGUUGGGGAUGGCCCGCAGGUGGACAGGGGCCCCCCAGGGGCCACGGCUCCACUGGGCGGUGCUGGGGAGAAAGAGGCACAGCCACCCACCUCACACAGCCAAGAGGAGCAGUGGCUGGAGCAGCGGCUGGAGCGCAUCCUGAAGAAAGCAGCUCUGGAGGAACAGCCCUCCUGCCAUAGUGGAAGUGUCCGCCAGGGGUCUGUCCCUGAGAGCCUGACCCACCUGCCUCCUUUAGCCCGAGAGGGAUUUCUUCGGUCGUGUGGUCACGAAGAGAGCGGCCCCCCUGAGUGCAGGAGCUGUGGCCCCCGAGACAGACGUGGCUGAGCGGCGCAUAGGCAGAGCAGUGGGCAGGAGCGACGUCUGGUUUCGCUUCAAGGAAGGCGUCUCCAAUGCUGUGCGGCGCAGAGUGCCCGUCAGGGACCUGCUGUAGCCGGGGCUGCACCCAGCUCCUUAAGGUCUGCUGGACGGCCCGGGUCUACACCCAGCUCUGUGACGCCUGCUGGACAGCCCGGGUCUACACCCGGCUCCGUGACGCCUGCUGGACAGCCCGGGUCUACGCCCGGCUCCGGGAAGCUUGCUGCACAGCCCGGGUCUACACCCAGCUCCGUGACGCCUGCUGGACAGCCGGGGGCCCACGCUGGACACCUUAGCCCGUGCAGGGGGCUGCAGAUCCAUAUGAGAUGCCCCAGGGCCCACACCCGAUGCUGUGUUGCUUUUUCUCCAUCAGAAGAUGUACAAAAUCACAAACACUCUCAAAAAGUCUUUAUAAAAGUCACACGUUUA